AUGAAUAAAAUGUGUCAAAUUUGUUACGAUCUAUAAAAUGUUGUGACUAUCGAAUGUGGACACAACUAUUGCAAAAACUGUUUAAAUAAUAUUUUUUUUAAAAAUGAAUUAUUAGAUUUGGAAAAUUUUAUAUGCCCACUAGAGAAUUGUAAAAGAAAGUUAACUGAUAAAACUUUAAAAUUAUUUAUAGAAGAUUAUGAAAAAAAAUAUGAGACAUUCCUAUAAUAAGGAAUAAUAUUUGGAUUAAAUGAAAAUGAAAAACUUAUUACUUGUCUUAAUAUAAAUUGUAACUCAUAAUUUGUAAUAUGGAAAGAAGCAGGUAUUUUUUAUUAUUUAAUUAGAAACUUUAAAAUGUUAAAAUUGCAAAUUAGAAUUUUGUUUGAGAUGUAAAUUAGCUAAACAUGAGGGUUAAAAUUGCAUUCAAGCAUUAAGACUGAAUUAAGUAAUGAAAACUAGAGUUGACUUUUUGAAAUCAGUUAAGAAUUCAUAAGCUUAAUAAAUUUGUCCACAUUGUCUCUAUGUUAUAGAAAGGAAUAAGGGAUGCAAUUUUAUGACCUGUUAGUCUAAAUCUUGUAAUUCAAAAAAAUACUUUUGUUUUCAAUGUGGAGUAGCCUUAGAAAAUUCUGAAUCAAAGAGCCAUUAUAAAGAUGAAAAUUCUUUUCAUGGAUAAUGUAAAAUAAAAAUAAAUGGAAUAUGGGUUGAAAAAGACAAAAUUCCAAAUAAUGAUAUUCCUUGUCCAAAAUGUUAAUGUUAAGAUCCAUUAAAAAGUAAAAUAGAGAGAAAUUUAUUAAUAUGUAAAAGUGAACAAUGUAUUGAUAAAAUAUAUUGUAUCAUUUGUUAAUUUGAAUUAAAUGAUAAAAUUAUUUUGAAACAUUUAGAAAAUCAUGUGAAGAAAUCAGAUGGUAAAAAAAAAUCACGGUUUGGUAUUUUUGAUUUAUUUAAAAAAUAUAUUAAAUGA